AUGGCCACCCCCCUACCCAUCGCAGCAAACACGCCGGCAAACAACGGGACGACUUAUGCCACCAUCGAUCCGGAUAUUUACAUUGUCAACAAUAACCCCCAGCGGGCAUUUAACCUCCGAAUACUGGACCUAUUACAAGCCUCGUUUAUGGAAGACACCAAGGAGCAGCAGUUUCUGGACGUGGGUUGCGGCACCGGCGAUUUCACUCGCGACCAUCUUCUUCCACGCUGCACGCCACUUGAAAGGAUGGUUGCGGUCGAUGUCUCCGAGGACAUGGUAGACUAUGCUAAGAAGAACUUCGCCCAUCCCAAGAUCUUUUACGAUGUCCUGGACAUAUCGGGGAACGGUGUGGCUGACUUCGUGGAGAGGUACGGUCAGUUUGAUCGCGUCUACUCCUUCCUUUGCCUUCAGAGGACGAACAACCAAGAAGCGGUAUUCAAAAACAUCGGCGGAUUGCUCAAGCCCGGCGGAGGAUGUCUGCUUCUUUUCGGCGCUUCAUCAAGCGGUGUGCGUCUAAAUAAGACACUGGCAACAAUGGAUCAUUGGAAAAAAUACCGAAAGGUGUUUGAGAAUACCACUCCCCCAAGUGGAGAUUUGGUGAGCCGAGAUGCCCUUCUGUCGUACAUGUCAAACCUUCUGAAGAACGCCGGUCUAGUUCCAACCACCUGCGAGUUGCUGCAAGAACCACCCUCGCACUCAAGCCUCGAGGAAGUUACCGGGUUUUUGAUGACCGUGAAUUGCCUUUCGGCACUCGUGACAGAAGAGGAGAAGCCCCUCCUCCUCGAAGACGUCACCGAAUUUACAGCCAGGUUGUGGGCUGGCAAAGAGGCCGGUUCCUCACCCCUCCCCUGUUGCAUGUUUCUGGUGCGCGCCCACAAACCAGGACCUUAA